GUCUGCACCAAACUGGGCUGGAAGGGCAAAGGCACCGAGUGGGACAUAUUGCCGCUGGUGGUGUCGGCCAAUGGUCACGAUCCGGACUACUUUGAUUACCCGCCGGAGCUCAUACUGGAAGUGCCGCUGAGCCAUCCCAAAUUCGAGUGGUUUACUGAAUUGAGCUUACGCUGGUACGCCUUGCCCGCCGUGUCCAGCAUGCUAUUCGAUGUGGGCGGCAUUCAGUUUACGGCAACCACAUUCAGCGGCUGGUACAUGUCCACAGAGAUUGGCUGCCGGAAUUUAUGCGACACAAAUCGUCGCAAUAUGUUGGAGACUGUGGCGCUGAAAAUGAACUUGGAUACGCGUACGCCGACCUCGCUGUGGAAGGACAAGGCCGUGGUGGAAAUGAAUAUAGCAGUGCUGCACUCGUAUCAGAGCCGGAAUGUGACCAUUGUGGAUCAUCACACGGCCAGCGAGAGUUUUAUGAAGCAUUUCGAGAACGAGUCGAAGCUGCGCAAUGGUUGCCCAGCGGAUUGGAUAUGGAUUGUGCCGCCGUUAUCUGGCUCCAUAACGCCCGUGUUUCAUCAGGAGAUGGCGCUGUACUAUUUGAAGCCAUCGUUUGAGUAUCAGGAUCCCGCCUGGCGCACACACAUCUGGAAAAAGGGACGCGGCGAGAGCAAAGGCAAAAAGCCAAGACGUAAAUUCAAUUUUAAACAAAUCGCUCGUGCUGUGAAAUUUACAUCGAAAUUAUUUGGACGCGCUCUCUCGAAGCGCAUCAAGGCAACAGUCCUAUAUGCCACCGAGACGGGCAAGUCGGAGCAAUAUGCCAAGCAAUUGUGCGAGCUGCUGGGACAUGCGUUCAAUGCGCAGAUAUAUUGCAUGUCCGACUAUGAUAUAUCCUCCAUUGAGCACGAGGCGUUGCUAAUUGUUGUUGCCUCCACCUUUGGCAAUGGAGAUCCGCCGGAAAAUGGCGAGCUCUUCUCGCAGGAAUUGUAUGCCAUGCGCAUACAGGAGUCGGGCGAGCACGGCCUACACGAUUCCAGGUGAGUCUCUUGCCCAAUAAAUUUCCAUGCCUUUAACUUUGA